CUUCUGUACUGUCCUCAUGUAAUGCCCUCACGAGUGGGUUUGAAAGACAUGAAUAACCCACUUGUCUGUGCUGAAAUUAUUCGUAAGAGUCUUGCCGUCUACUUCUCUCUCAGCGAUCGCUGUUUGUUUGUCCCGCAGAAACGACAAAGCGUACGGAGGACGAAGGAUUCUUAACAUCAGCCAUGUCAGCAGCUAGGGGACAAGCAGAUCUGCAGAAUCUCAACAUGAAUCAGUAUGCCACUAAGAAGACAGUGGCUGAAAGCAUGCUGGAUGUGGCUCUGCUUAUGGCCAACGCGUCUCAGCUAAAAGCCGUGCUGGAACAAGGGCCCGGGUUUAAGUACUUCCUGAUCGUGAUUGUGCUCAUCGCAGUCUCGCUCUUCUUCCAAGUGCUCGCUGGAGCUUUCUUUAUUCUCAUGGCACGGAAAGAUCUCAAUGUCGUCGCAAAUCACAGAAAGCUGGACUUAAUGAAUAACAUAGCGACUGCCCUUGUGUUCCUUACCGUCAUCAUCAACAUCUUCAUCACUGCAUUCGGUGUGCAGAAGACAGGCCUCUACCCUCAGUAGUGAACUUUAAGGGAAGGUUACUGAAUGGGAACUUGAUAUUACAGGACUUGGACAUAUAUCAUCAGUAAAUCCUGGAAGCCUGCAUUGGACAUUUAAAUGAAAAAAAAACAAACAAAUAUGUUAUGUUCAGUACUGUUUACCUUUGCCAUAGGUAGCACUUAAUAAUGAAUUUAAC